UAAAUAUUAAAAAAAAUCUAAAAACGAAAAAAAUUCCUCCGAUCUCGCCGCACACUCGCCGCCGCCGACGCGCUCUCGAUCCCUCCCCUGGCCGCGGCGGCAUGGGGAAUACUCCGGCGGCGGCGGCCGAUCUCCGGUUCUGCUUGCUCGAGGAAGGCCGGCCGCCUCCGGUCGCAGCCGCGUGCAACCCGACGCCCCCAUGGCUCCUCGCGAUUAGGGUAAGCCGUGUUGAUUUCCUCAGUUUUUUUUUUCUCGCCGGAUUCGAUCGUAGUCUGAUGUGGCUUCUCCCGCAAUGGUUCUGCAUCAUCGCCGCCGUCGCGAUGGUGGCCGUGUUCGCCGCCGAGAUCUUCCCCUGGUGCGAGAGCAAGGGCGAUGUGGCCCUGUGCGCCAUCGCCCUGGCCGGCGCGCUGCUCAUGGGGCCGAUCCUGGGGUUGGCGAUGACGGCGUGCGCCGCCGACGACGACGAGGCCGCCGCGCGCAUCCCGUCCCGGUACACCAGGAGCGAGGAGAACAUGGGGCGAGCCGCCAUCAUGGCCGUGGCGCUGCUGGGGCUCUACGUCAUCUACCUCGCCGCCGUGCGCGGCGGCGACAGCGGCAGGUUCCUGGACGCGGCUUGCUACGUCAUGAUGGGUCUCGGGCUGAUCGUUGGUCACUCCGUUACGUGGAUCGAGGGAUGCUUUCUGCGCCGUGAUUAGAGACGAAGACCCUCAGUUAGGCUUUCUCAGAUGAAGACUCAGUCACUGAUGGAGGCAUAAUUGUGAUUGUCAUUAGAUGGAGCAUUUGCACAUUACUGUUGAUAUCAUCUACCCUUACAGCUGACAGUGUUUUUUUUUUUCAUUUAGUCGGAUUAGAGACGAAGACUGUCAGUUAGGCUUUCUGGGGUGUGAUUCUUACAGUGUUUUUUUUCAUUUAGUCGGAUUAGAGACGAAGACCCUCAGUUAGGCUUUCUGGGGUGUGAUUAGAGAGGAAGGCUCUCAGUUACUGAUGGAGGCAUAAUCGUGAUUGUCAUUAGAUGGAGCUUUUGCACAUUAUUACUGUUGAUAUCAUCUACCCUUGCAGUGUUUUUUUUUUCAGGAGUAGUUUGGGAUAUAUGAUGAGAUAAUGAAACUUGAGUUUUGAUCUUGCA